AGUCGAGAGCGCAGGAGAUAUUUCUGACAGCUCAAGGAAAGGCACCGGUUUUGACAAAAAAAAGGAAUAAUAUUGUAAUAUUUUUUUUGUAUAUAUAAUUAUGCAAUGACACGCCUUGUAGUACAUGCGUGCCAUGUAGUUCUCAGCAUCACUAUAUUCCUCAGCAUCACUCCUACUUGAUGUUUGUUGAAAUGGUUUCUUUAUUAUUAUUAUAAUUAUAAUAAUAAUAAUAAUAAUGUUCUCCCCUACAACCUGUUUGGAAUAAAGGAAAUCAAGAUGCAGGUAGCGCACUAAAACGAGCAUCCUCUCAUCGCGAAGGGAUUACAUCACCUUUAGGUGAACAGAUAUAUUUUAAAGGAGGAGGAAGAAGAGAGGAAGCCAGAAGCCGCCGAAGUCUGUCGGCAAGGAACCUGGGGAGCGCGACGAUGGCAUGGUCCGUGACAACAUGAAAAAGAAAAAGUGCGAAAGACCAUUCUGAACGGGGGAGACCGAGACCGACGGAGGAGAGAGUCAAGGAGGAGAACACACCCAAACCUGCCAGAGUCCCCUGGUUGCCAUGGAUCCACCUCCCUCUUUGAGUUUGGCCCUUCUUGCCGGAAGCGAAGAAGAAGAUCAGCACUCUCCCCACCCUUUGAGUGGUAUCUCCCACACGUCCAUUUCCAGUAACUACCCAGGCAGCAAUCACUCCAACCACACAGGUGGAACAAGCAGUCUGGAGCGGCUCAACGGGACGCCGUCACCAACCGGCCCAAACCUUCCGCCAGUCUCCUUGCCCAAGCUUCCGCUGGUCACAACACCACAGCUGCCAGCGCCGAUCCCCAAUGCACUGCACCCAACCAGCACGCCGCUCUCAUCCUGCCUGGGCAGCCAGCAUAGCCUAAGCGGUGAAACGUCACCUAUCUACAACGCCCUCUUUUACUCCUCUCACUCCCCUACGGGCGAGCGGGAACGAGAAAGAGAUCGAGGUUGCAAGCACAGGCAGGCCAGUCCAUUAGUGCACCGUAGGGACAGUAACCCAUUCACUGAGAUCGCAAUGAGCUCGUGCAAAUACACUGGUGGCGUCAUGAAACCCCUUAGCCGCCUCAGCGCCUCGCGCAGGAACCUCAUUGAGUCCGACAGUGGGAGUGACAGCAAAGAGGGUGGGGCUGCCACUGGACAUGGGGCAGUGCCCUCCUCGUCCUCCUCCAUUACUGCACCCCAGAACCCACCUGAGAUUGUCAUCUCCUCCAAAGAGGAUCCACCGUAUGGACAUGUGUAUGAGCUCGAGACAUCAGCCAAUCAGAUGUCUAUCUAUCACCAGAACCACACCCUCUCUGAGAGCAGGGGCACUCUGGGGUUGACAGGAAGUGGGGGCAAUGGACGGCGAAGUGGGACAGGUGGAGAGCCUGGGAGAACGGCCUCUAAAGCUUCUAAGCGCAAGAACCAGAAUAUAGGCUAUAAGCUUGGCCAUCGUAGGGCGCUGUUCGAGAAGCGGAAGCGACUCAGUGACUAUGCGCUCAUCUUUGGCAUGUUUGGCAUUGUUGUCAUGGUGAUUGAGACAGAGCUUUCCUGGGGUGUCUAUAGCAAGAGCUCCAUGUAUUCCCUGGCAUUGAAAUGUUUAAUCAGCCUGUCUACCAUCAUCCUCCUUGGGCUUAUCAUUGCAUACCAUGCUCGUGAAGUGCAGCUUUUUGUCAUCGAUAACGGCGCAGAUGACUGGCGCAUCGCCAUGACAAUGAACCGGGUAUUGCUUAUUGCGCUGGAGCUGCUGGUCUCAGCCGUGCACCCAGUGCCCGGUGACUUCAAGUUUGUGUGGCGCGCUCGACUCGCAUUCACCUACAUCCCCUCGCAGGCGGAGGCCGACCUGGACAUGGUGCUUUCUGUGCCCAUGUUCCUCCGACUCUACCUCAUCGCUCGUGUUAUGCUCCUCCAUAGCAAGCUGUUCACCGAUGCCUCCUCCCGGAGCAUAGGGGCUCUCAACAAGGUGCACUUUAAUACACGAUUUGUGAUGAAGACCCUGAUGACGAUCUGCCCAGGCACAGUGCUUCUGGUCUUCAGUAUCUCCCUGUGGAUCAUCGCAGCUUGGACUGUACGAGUAUGUGAGAGGUACCAUGACCCUCAGGAUGUGACCAGCAAUUUCCUAGGAGCCAUGUGGCUAAUCUCCAUCACCUUCCUCUCCAUUGGCUAUGGAGACAUGGUGCCUCAUACCUAUUGUGGCAAGGGAGUGUGUCUUCUUACUGGCAUUAUGGGGGCAGGCUGCACAGCGCUGGUUGUUGCCGUGGUAGCAAGAAAGCUGGAGCUGACCAAGGCUGAGAAGCAUGUGCACAACUUCAUGAUGGACACACAGCUCACAAAAAGGAUAAAGAAUGCAGCAGCCAACGUUCUCCGGGAAACAUGGCUGAUCUACAAACACACCAAGCUGAUGAAGAAGAUCGACCACUCACGCGUGCGCAAGCACCAGAGGAAAUUCCUGCAAGCCAUCCACCAACUGCGAAGUGUCAAAAUGGAGCAAAGAAAACUGAGUGACCAGGCAAAUACCCUGGUUGACCUCUCGAAGAUGCAGAGCGUGAUGUACGAGCUCAUGUCCGAGCUAAAUGACCGCAGCGAGGAUCUGGAGCGCCAGAUGCUGAGCCUGGAGCAGCGAGUGGAGCAGCUCACGGCAGGUUUCAGCGCUCUGCCGGCGCACCUCUCGGCUACGCUAAACGCUCAGCACGCCGCGCUCAUCCGCUUGCUGCAGGAGCGAGAUGCUAAGACCACCAGUCCAGGUGUGCCCACCCUGAUUACACCCACGCCCAGAGGCAACAACCAGGCGUCAGAGGAGAGCCCCAACACCAGUACGUCCACCUGCUGAGAAACUGAGGCUCUGCACUGCCAGAGAAGAAGGUGUUUGGAGACUGAAAGAUGGGAAGGAAAUCAGGUUUAGGUGUGUUGAAGUGAGUCUGGGCAUAAAAGGAACAGGUUGUGCACAGAUAAGAAGCCGAUGACGAGGGAGGUGGGAGUUUGUAAGCGAAGAUAAGAGGGUGCCAAUUCAAACGAAAAGCUAAAUACUUUAAUGGAAUCUGCACUAAUUGGAGGAAAAAGAAACGUGUCUCUCCCUCCAUCAGGAAAAUGAAUCACCAUGGCUAAGGACAUAUUUUUUACCUGACUGCUAACCACAUAUUAAUAAGCAUCCCUUUAACAAGAACUCAACGUCGAUAACAUGACUAAUGGCGAGACAUAAAACACAAAGACAUAUGCCAGACCUGCCCUUAUGAUCCAUUCACAGGACAUGGAAUUAAGACCCUACGCAAACACUGUGUCAAAGGCACACACACACACACACACACACACAACAAAACAAUGCACUAAACCCACACCACUGAACACUGCCAGUUGGACUGCUUUUUUUCAAGGAGAAUUCAAUCACUUCUGUACGGAAUGAGAACUGCCAUAUUACACGGAAUACACACGAAAACCUCUUCACACUGUUAUCACGAAUGUCUGCAUUUGAAAACACAUGAACACCAUUUUGCUAUUAAUCUCUGUCUUGCACACCUACUUUCUUGGAAAAAUCUGCUACCAAAGUGCUGUCUAUAAGGUGACAGGAAGAAAACAAAGUGGUCUGAGGUAUAUAUAUAGAAGAGUCCUCAAAAACCUCAGCACAUUAUCCAAGGAGAAAUAAUUACAGGAUCCAAACAGCAUUUAUAACACCCCGGAAAAUGAGACGGCCAUUUGCAGUGAGGGGGGGAAACUCAAAGCCAGUCAAUAUACAUACACAAUGAUACAAACACGGACACACACAAUAACCGAAACAGCUGCUCACAAGGGAAUAAACUGUAGAAUCGAGAAUUAGUCUUUCUGUGAGUGUAACUGAACCUGUACUAAUGGUGUGUGUUGGGAAUAAGAGACUUUUUCCUGCUGACCCUCAUUUCUACAGAGAACAUUCUUUUCUGAAAACUGUCUCAUAGUGACAUCCUGUGGCCGGAAUACUGAAUUACAUCUGCUUGGAAUUAUUGAAAAAUGAUGCUGUUAACCUGAAACUAGCUUUGUAUUGCUGUUUAUUUAUUUAUUUAUUUAUUUUUAAAUGAUUUAAUUACUUAUGGUUUCGUUUAUUUUUUACAAUUAACGGAUUACUAACGCAGAUAUAGCGGAUAUUUACUACUAACAUAUUAUGGCAUCCUUCCUCGUUCAUCAUGACAGUAAACGGUCGCUGUAUUAAUACCGACUUUAAUAAUAUUAACUAUUGCUAAGGGAUGUUCGGUUUGAGGUUGAAAUUAUUUUGUAAUUUUAUUUUACCAGAGAGAAUUAAUAAAGUAUAUAUCUAUAUAACGUC